GCUCCAUCUGCUUCUUCGGAGGAGUGGGAGCUGUGAUUGAAAGAGGCACCUGCUGAACUCCUGGUAAAAAUAGGAGCAUCCAGUUACUCCCCACAGUAGGGAGGGUGAGUGUAUCAACAGAGUAGUAAACAAUGAAAGAAGUGCUGAAAGCACACAGGGGAAGGGGGAAAGAGAGGCUCAGAAGAAGCCAGGAGAAGGGCGCACAGAAAGGUGGUGGUCUCCAGGAAAGACCAGCCAUUUGAGCUGGACCUAUAAAAAGCCAGCUGCUUUAAAAUCCACUGACUGAAGUGAGGAGCCUGGCAUCAUGGAAGCUGAAGAUACCAAGGAGCAGCAGGAGAUGCAGCAGAUCAACGGGGUGGCGCAGAAGGGAGAGUCAGGAGAUGUUCAGAUCGUAUCUAAAGGAGAGAGCGAAGAAGGAAAAACAGACGAUCUUGGGAAUGAAGAGUCUGGCGAGAACGAGACAGGGAAAGCACAGACAACUGGGAAAGAAGCUGCUUUGGAGAACAAAACUGGGAAAGAUGAUGAUGCUGGGAAGAGUGAAGCAGAAAAAACAGAGGAUACUGGGAAUGAAGGUGCCAGAGAGAAUCAAGCAGACAAAGGAGAGGAUUCUGGGAAAGAGGCAAAGAAGGUCAAUGAGAUCACUAAAAAGUCUUUGGUCAAUGAGGAGGGACAGGGAUCUGAAACCAUCAAAGACAUGAAGGAAAGCCAUCAAGCACAGGCUGAGGCCGCAGUGGCUCCGGGUGAAUCUGGGGCAGAACCCAAGGAAGAAGCUGGUGUUUCUGGCACAGAAGAAGAACCCCAGGAAGGAAAAGGAGGAAAAGCUGGUGCUGUCGAGAAAAAUGCCAGCAAUUCCAGCAAAGAGGGCCGAACUGGCAGUACUUCUGAUGAGCCUCUCUCACCCGGACCAGAGGAAGAAUACUGGCCAGAAUUCUCUCCAAGUUCUCCUGAUGAGAGCCCACAAAGCCCCACAGAGCUCAAAAGCAUGGAAACGGGCAGCACCACCUCAGGCCCAAGCACUCCAGAGGCUGCUACCAGGGACACUACCAGCAUUGAAGCAGCUCCUGAAGGGACUCAAGAAAAGCAGCAGCAAACUUCACCUGAGGCAACAGCCGGCUCUAAGGAGAAAAAGAAAAGACCUGCACUGGAUAGGAGGGAAAUAACAAGACCUCGGAUGCCUCCCAGAGCUCAGUCCCGCAAGGCCAUUAUGGACAAGUUUGGAGGGGCUGCAACUGGACCUGCCCCUAACAUCAAAAAGACAGGAGGGGCAAACACUAUAAAGACCAUGUUGCUGGAAUGGUGUCGGGCCAAGACUCGUGGCUAUGAGCAUGUGGACAUCCAGAACUUCUCUUCCAGUUGGAGUAGUGCCAUGGGCUUUUGUGCCCUCAUCCACAGUUACUUCCCAGAUGCCUUUGACUAUGCUACUCUUGACCCAGCAAACCGUAGAGAGAAUUUUACCUUGGCAUUUUCCACUGCUGAGAAACUUGCUGACUGUGCCCAACUUCUGGAGGUGGAUGAUAUGGUGCGCAUGAGUGUUCCCGAUAGCAAAUGCAUAUACACUUAUAUCCAGGAACUGUACCGCAGCCUGGUGCAGAAAGGACUGGUCAAGACUAAGAAGAAAUGAGAACAGAGCACCGAUUGAUGCUUAACACUAAUUGGAAAAUGAGAGAAGCUGGGUGGGACAGAUAUCUGGCUUUUGGGAUGUCCAGAAAAGAAAUGGCUAUCUUUCAUGUAGAUGCUAACCCUCAUCUUCAGCAAUCCAGCCUCCAGGGAAGCAUAUGGACAGUCUGUUCUUAACAGGCAUAACUUGGAACAAGCAAGUCGCUGCAGCAAUUACUGCCUCCAAUUCCAUCUCUUGUUCCCUUGGCAAAUCUUUCUCCAGCCCUUGAUGCUAUCACAUGUCUCCAUGCAGAUCACCAAAUCCAUUAAAACAAAACUAUAGCAAGUCAA